UGAGCUGCUGGCAUCUUCCCAUUGUCAUAACCAUGUAAUGAGACUGAUGCUGAAAAAUAAAACAGCUCAAGGCACAUUCCACAGCAGUCCCAUCCUGUUCGUGCUCUGUAUAUAGCCCCCGGCUGGCGAUAGGGGACCCCCAGGCCGGGCUCCAACGCCACUCCCAGAAAGACACUUCAUUUAGCGCCAAGCUAAAGUCAGUCGCUCAACUGACCAUCUCCUUUGAAAAUCACGGCGGCCGGGCCCGGCCCCACAGCCGGGUGCUGCGGUUGCCUGGUAACCGCGCACGGGCCCUCAGCGUCUGUGACAGCGCAGCGGCCUCAGUCGCCCCAGAACGCGGUCCUGGCUGGCUGUGCGCAGCCUGGGCUCCUGCGGGCGGCUUCACUGGGCGAUUCGCCAAGUGAAUUAUUCGCGGAGCAUUGGUCUCCGCAGAGAAUUCCUAAAGGUGCAGAGCAUUGGCCUCUGCGAAAAGUUCCUCAGCGUGCAGAGCAUUGGUCUCUGCAAGGGAGUCCUGAAUUUCAUUUGAAGUUUUGUUGAGGCAUUGUUGCUCAUCUGCAACAUCCUCCCUUCAAAAUGGCUUCUGGAUUCCCAGAAAAGACCCCAACACCUCAUCUUUUGCUCAGGGAAAGACUGAAGUCUUUUACUCUGCUUCCCCCUAAGAUCCUGUGGGAGAAGCUUCUCAACAUGAAGAAGGCGGCCAGCGCUGGGGGGAGUUUUCUGCCCAGAAUUGGCCCAUGUAUAGACAUGAGUGAGACUGGUCAAAAGCUGCCGUCAGCUGCCCCGAAACAGAGCUUGUUCCAGAUUUCCCCACCAGAGGUGGUAUUUCAGAACUUCGACGCUUGUGAUGUCUGUGAAAUGACACUGUCUCUCAUGAAUAAGGACAAGUUUCUUCAGGUGGUGAAGGUCUCCAUGGAGAGCUCCCCUUACUUCCAGCUCACGUGCUCCAGCGAUGCAUACCGUGUCGUGCCGCCGGGCACGUCUGCCCCUGUGCGCAUCCGCUUCACCCCCAACAAGAACAAGGAUUAUUCCCACGAGCUCAUCUGCAUCACUGCGAGGGAAAGGAUCGUUGUGCCAAUUCGGGCCAUUGGUGCCCGAGCUAUCCUGGACUUCCCUGACCAGCUGGACUUCUCCAAGUGUCCAGUCAAGUGCAGCACCCAGAAGACUCUGCUGGUGCGCAAUGUCGGAAACCAGGCAGCUCGUUACCGGCUGAGCACCCAGAGUCCUUUCUCCGUGAUGCCAGCCACAGGAACUCUGGACGCUGGUGACACCAUGCAGGUGACAGUGGGAUUUCACCCGCGGGCCAGCGGUGACCAUUGCGGCUCCCUGGCAGUGUGCUGCAGCACAGGUGAAGAAAGUAUUCACACAAGCCUCCACGGAGAAGCUGUGGAUGUCAACGUUGGUUUGAGCACAAAUUCCGUGGAGGUUAAGAAGACUUUCAUCACCAUGUCAAGCCACAAAACAAUGUUCAUCGAAAACAAGAGUAACAUCACUGCCCACUUCCAGUGGAAGACUUUUCCUACUGAGGAAGACAAGAAUGAAGAGAAGAGGAGGCAGUGUUUGCUGUGGCCGCCAAAAGAGGUGUCACAGGAAAACUUCACGGUGGAGAAAAAAAUAGAGAAGGAGAAGAGAUCUUGUGAAGAUCACACUGCCCUCCUGAGCAGCAUGGUCCAGGAGGAGAUGGCAAAGGUGCAAGAAGGCCCCAUGCCAUUCUCUGAUGACAUUUUUUUCAUUGAGCCUAUGGAGGGAGAAAUUGGGCCAAAUUGUUCAGCUGAAAUCAAGGUCACCUUCAAACCCCUAGAAGCACUGGAGUAUCAAAGUGUGGCUUAUUGCAACAUCUCAGGCCGUGAGAUCAGGCUGCCCCUGCAGCUCAGAGGAGAAGGCCAAGGACCCUUGGUUGAGCUCAGCUCUCAUACACUGAACCUUGGGAACAUUUUUGUCGACACCCCCCACGUCUAUGAGGUGAAACUGAUUAACCAAGGAGCUAUUGAUGCUCCCUUCACCUAUAUCCCUUCAACCACAAACGUGGGCUCCUGCUUCCAGUUUGCACCCAAGAAGGGCAUCAUUGCACCAGGUGGGAUCCAGACUAUUCUAAUCUCCUUCAGUGCCACCAUACUGGGGAGGUUUGAGGAAGAAUUCCAGUUCAGUGUGGCUGGAUCUCCUAUGUCUGCAAUCCUGACUAUCACGGGCAGUGUCACUGGACAGACUUCACACUUCAAGGUGGAUAAGCUCAACUUUGGUGACAUCUCUUUUGGCUCUCCCUGCACCAAGGCCCUUUGCCUCCCUAACAUCUCCCCGGUGUCCCAUAUCACUCGCUGGGAACAAGCUCACUUCCCAAGUCUCCAAAUCAAGCCCGGCACCCUGGAGUUUGGCUGCAUUGUGGGUGGCACUGAAGUACAUUCUCUGGACAUGACCAACUGCAGCUCACUUCCUGUCCUGUACCACUGGUCAAUCUGUUUGGACAGCCAGGGGAACACGUUGAGAUACAAGCCUUACCCACCUAAAUUCAAACCCCAACCACCAAAGGAGAAGAGAACCAGUUUAGAUUGCUCAGCAUCUCGAUGGAGACACAUAAAGAUUGCAAAGGAGGAGGCAGCCACAGCCCUGAAAAAAGAGUGUGAUUUUGCCCAAUCUUCAAGAACAGAGGCUUUCAGUAUCGUGCCACAGUCGGGUGUGCUGCUGCCAGGAGAGAGACAGAAGGUGUCCUUCACCUAUUCUGGGCACCUCGACGUCUUUGCCGGUGCAAAGGCGCUGUGCCGCGUGGAGGGAGGCCCCACCUACGAGGUGAAGCUGAUUGCCUCCCGUGUCAGCUACUCCCUGAGCCUCCGGGAGAUCAACUGUGGCUCUCAGAUGUUUAAUGAAGUUGGUCACAGCAAGGUCACCCUGGCGAACACUGGCAGGAGUGAAUUCAACUGGGUGCUAAACCCUAGCACUGCAGACAAGCAUCUGCCUGGUGUGUUUCUGGUCAAGCCUACCACUGGCUCCAUUGCACCUGGCAAGAAGCAAGUGCUGAAAUUCUCUUACCUGCCGACAUUACCAGGAGCUUUCAGCAGGACUUACCAGCUUCAAGUGGGUGACCUGGAACCAGAAAAUAUCUUCCUGAAAGGAGAAGCAUCUUGUCCCAUGAUCAGUGUGAACCUGCCCUGGAACAUCAGAGAAAAUGAAAAAGAUGAGAAGCCACUGAAACAGCCCGUAAAACACCUACAACAGUACAGUCAGAGGAAUAAAUCAGAAGUUGCUCAGAAGAAGACUCAGAGCCUGACAACUGAGACCUUGAAGUCUCAGACCCUGAAAACUCAGGCCUUGGAGACUUGGAAUCCGAAGCCUCAGGACCAGCAGCCCCGCUUGCUUGGCUCUGGCAUUGCACCAAACACUCAGCUGCAGAUAAAGAUGAUGAGGAUGCUGAUAGAGAAGGCUGCUCUAGGGCUGCAGAAAAAGCUCACAUCCCAUCCCCUGAAGUGCAGGCUCCCUGACAAAAAGCUGUGCCAGAGCCUUGUCAAAGUUGAGCUGCCUGAGUAUGUCCUGGACAUGGGCACUGUCCUUAAGGGUUUCACUGAGAGCAGCACUCUGGAGAUCACCAACCCUGGGAAGAUCCCAGUGUUCUUCCAGGUCAAUGUGUCUGUCCUGCAGGACACAGGUUUCAGCAUGGACCUGGACCAGAUGAAUGGCCUGCCCCCCAGGCAGAGCGUGGCAUUUGACGUGCGCUUUGAAAGUGCCCGCUGGCCACAGGGUGACGUGGAUGUGCUGCUGCCCAUAGAGGUGAGAAAAGGCCCAACGUUUCACAUCCGCCUCCGCGCCACUGUGUUGGAAGUGUCACUUGACCUCUCCAAGAAAACUCUGCAGUUCUCUGACAUCCUCGUUGGGCAGUGCCAGGUUGAGACAAUCCAACUCUACAACCAGUUCCAAGUACCCUGCAAAUGGUCCAUCAAGCCUGUUCUGAAGAACAAUCAACAAUCAAAAUACACGACACCAGCCGUACGUCAGAAGCAGCAGGCACUGGAGGAUGAGCCCUGUCCCUUUGAAGUGACACCUUCCAAAGGAACCCUUGAUGCAGGAAGGUGGCAGAACCUGAAAAUCCAGUUUACACCCAAGGAGGAGAGGUCUUACAAGAAUGAGCUGAAGCUCACCAUUUGUGGGAGCAGCAAUCUCUUAAAGCUGCACCUCUCAGGACAAGGUCUGGAACCACGGUUGGAGUUCAGUCCCCCAGCACUAAAGAUGGAACCAGUGCUGGUGGACAGCAAUGGGGUGGAGGCCACAGUGGUGGUGAAGAACCCAUGCAACUUCCCCAUAGAGUUUUACUCCCUGGACUUUGAUGAGCAGUACCUUGAGGAGAAGAUGCUGGAACAUCUGGGACUGCAUCCCGAAGGGCCUCCCCUUCUUCCCGCUGCUGUGCUCUCCAUAGUGGAGUACCCAGUGGAGAGGUUGGGCCCUGCAGAGUAUGUGGGGCCCUUCACCAUUGUGGCACCAGGAGGUGCUGCUAUGAAAAACAGUUUGGCCAAGGCCCCAGAUGUGAAGGGCAGUUCUACCAAGGGCCAACCAAAGACGGGUAAAGCGGCCAGGAGAGACAGCUCUUCGAAGGAGAACCUGGUCUCCACACAGAGAAGAAAAAGUCCCCGUCAUUCCUUUUCAACAAGAUCCAAAAGUAUGCUGAAAAGUGCCUCAACCCAUACAGAAUUCCCCAGGCUGAAACAGUACCGGUGGAUAGUGCCUGCCCUUGGUGAGGUGGAACUGAAGGUCCACUUCUCCACCAAAAAGCCAGGGAAGUUUGAGCAGACACUGAGGUUUGAGCUCGUGCAGACGAAGCGCCAAUACGAGCUGCCCUGCAGUGGCACCAGCCUGUACCCCAGCAUCUGCCAGAACCCUCGGCUGGUAUUUCCACAGUGGAGGAAAACCGUGAAGAAAGAUGAAAUCGUAUUCAAGGAAUAUGUUGAGAGCACAAAGCAAUUCCACUUUGGACCACUGCUGUGUGGGAAAUCAAGAGAGUGGUACAAGGCCCAGAACUGUCCCAGCAACUCGGAGAAUCUAACCAUCCUCAACAACUCCCCCGUGGACGUGGAGGUUCAGUUCUCCUUUGAGAAUGCUGGGGAAGCAGAGACAUUCCUUUUGGACCCUCCCAACAUGACACUGAAACCAAAGGAGAAGCAGGAGCUGACCAUUUGGGCAUACCCCACUUCCCCUGGCUUCCUGGAAGACAAACUCAUCUGCAGCAUUGGGAAGAACCCGGACCCAGUGGUCUUCAGCCUCUGCUGUCAUGGGGUGGACAUGAAGCUGGAGGUCAGCCCCCUGGAGCUGUCUUUUAACAAACUGCUUCUGCACAGGACUGACAGCAGGACCUUGGUCCUGAAAAACAACACUCUACUGCCCAUGGCCUGGCAGCUCCGUGGGCUGGAUGACCUUGUUGAGGCCUUCUCCUUGUCACAAGAUCGUGGCACCAUUGGUCCCCGCUCAGAGUUUGAAGUGACACUGCAUUUCAAGGCCUGGCAGAUUGGCAGCAUUGAGAAGACCCUCCGACUAGAGGUUUCAGAUACAAAAAACAUCCUGGGGAUUGUUCAGGCUGAAAACAUCAAAAUCUCUGCAGAGGUCUAUGAUGUUUCUCUGAGCAUUGACAUGCCUGAAGGUCCAGAUGGAAGCUUGGAAUUUGGAACCAUUAAUGUCCUGGAUAAUGUGAAGAAAGUCCUGAGACUCAAGAACAAAGGGGUAUACAACGUUGAGUACAGGUUCACACUGAAGGAUGUAGGUCCCAGCAUGGGAGACUUGGUAUCCCACUUCACUGUUGAGCCUCAGUCGGGUGUGCUGAUUGCCUCUCAGCCUGCUGUGAAUGUUGAGAUACUCUUCCACCCCACAAGUGAAAUCCUCCUCAAGAACAAACCCAUCCUGUACUGCCAGGUGAUAGAUGCCAGCUCAGGUGAAGGAGGCCAGGCUGUUGCCAACAUCCCAGUGAGGGUGUCGGCGAAAGCUGAGUACAGCAAGUACAGUAUUGAGCCUGCCUCACCCAUUGACUUUGGAGCCAUGGUCAAGGGCACCAAGAAGACCCAGACUGUCCUGCUGGAGAACAAAGGCAAAUUUAACUUCAAAUUCCUUAUCCGCCAAGCACCCAAGCUUGCAUCUGCAUUGGAAAGCAAAAGUUCAGAGGAAGGGGAAUCUGCUCCAUCGGCUACAAAGUGCUCAAUGAGACGGAAAUUGAGCUCCUCAACACAGGCUCGCCUCAGUCUUGGCAUGUUCACGGUGUUCCCCUGCUCUGGCUCCAUCCGUCCAUUGGGCCAGCAAAAGAUCACAGUGGAAUGCCUCGCGAGGCAGGAGGGGACAUGUGAGGAGCAGCUCUACAUUGACAUCAUGGGCACAGACCCCAAGGACAAUGCCCUUGGCAUUCCCUUCACCCUGAUUGCCGAGUCCUGCCACCCAGCACUUGUUGAGGAUAUCACAUCAAUCUUCAAGGAGUAUCUGAUCUGCAGCAGCACCGACCUUGACCACAAGCUGCAGUCAGUGGAAGGCACCGGCCUGUUUGUCAGAGAUGAGAAUAGAUUCAUCUUCAGCAAGGUUCAAGUUGGGCAAGAGACUGAAGCUCAUUUCAAUAUCUACAAUGCAACCUGUCUGCCAUGUGACGUGGUCCUCUCCAUCAAACCCCUGCCUGGAGAGGAAAAAAGCUCUAUCAACAACAUUUUCAAGUUAUAUCCAGUCAAGAUGUCCAUUCCUGGCUCAUCCUGUGCCGUUGCUACGGUGACCUUCACCCCACCAGACAAGCAGAACUACCACUGCACUUUCAAGGCUUCCCUUGUCAUCCCAAAAGGCUCUGUGGAAACUAAAUUCCAAAUCCUGACCUUCACCAUCAGUGGGAAGGGGCAUGAGCCACAGCCAACAGUUGUGUGCCCAAGUGCUCGCAGCAAGAGGGGAAAUGCUGUGCUGCGCUUCAAGAGGCUCUGGCUGGGGGAUUCAGAGAUGCUGCCCCUGGUCAUCCGUAACAAUGGCAUCAUACCUGUCAAGUUUAUGUUACUCCUGGAGGAUGAGCAGGGAGCGUUCUUAUUGAGAAGCAGAGUCUCCACACUCGAGGUGUUCCACACUGGAGAUGUGGAAGAGGACUCCCUUGGAAACGAGAGCAAGCCCCCAGAGAAGCCCUUCUUCCUUCUGCAUCGCGGGCAAUCAGCAGAGUUUGAUGUAACUUUCAAACCCACUCUGGCUCAACAUCUGGAAGGGAAGAUUCGUGUGUUAGCGGGGGACACCUACUCUAACAAGACCCUAAUAGAGCUGGUGGGUGAAGGCCACAAGGACGAAUUCACCCUCGAUGGACUAGAAGAAGACACACAGGAGAGAAAUGCUAAGUGCAGUCUGAAGAAAGACAUCACUGAUGCUUUCAGACUGAAUCACAUCCAGUUUGGGGGCUGUUGUGUCAGGAAGCCCUGCUGCAGGACCUUCACCAUCACCAACCACACCCAGACGAAGGUCAUGCGCUUUGAGUGGGAGGCAGACAUCCCAUUCCAAUUCUCCCCCAGGGUGGGACACCUCCAUCCUGGCUGUACCAAGGGCAUCACAGUGACCUUGCAAUCAGAUGUCCCAGCCACCUUCAGGAGGCACCUUGUGAAAUGUAAGGUGGCCAAGAUCAACUUUGAGGUGCCAGGAACAAAGGUUCCGGACUGGGAUGACCAAAUGUUCAUUGUCCCAUGGAAGAGUUCCACCAGGAUAGACCCGGGACACAAAUUCCCUAGAAUGCAGAAGGUGGUUGAGAUAGCGCCGGAACCGGCUCACACUGUGGUGGAGGAGAGCAGCCAGGAGGUUGAGGUGUACAUCAGUGCUGUGGUUGCCUACGCCCAGUUCCAACUGAGCACCGACAGGGUUCAGUUCAAGGAUACCUUCCCCUUCCAGAGGAGGACAGCCACUUUCAUGAUGCACAACACAGGGGAGGUAGCCCUGGAAUACUCCUGGGAGAAAGUUGAAGAGAGUGAACCAGUGAAGAAGCCAUUCUCAACCACUCUGAUGCGUCGGUUCCUCUGUGAUGAUACUGUAAAGCAUCGCAGAAAGCUGCUGCGUCUUUUCUGGUGGGAGCAAGACCAUCCUCCUGAGAAGCCUCCUAAAGUGCGGCAGCUGCAGCGGCCUGCCAAGCAGCAGCAGGAUUCCAAGCAGCAGCAGGAGCAGCCCGAGCAGCAGCAGGAGCGGCCUGAGCAGCAGCAGGAGCAGCCCAAGCAGCAGGACUGCUCCAAGAAGCUGCGCCGCUUGAAACAAAAGCACCUCUCUCCGCAGCGUGCCACUUCCUCCCUGGAAGUCUUCCCAGAUGUUAUCCACGACCUGUUCUCCAUCAACCCCUACCGUGGCACCAUUGCUCCUGGCCAGAAGCAGACCUUUCACCUGCAGUUCUCCCCAAAGCGCCCCGGGAAUUUUAAGACCACCCUGCUGUGCAGGAUUCCUAACCUGAAGCCAGCUCAGAAGAUGGGGCGGGUGAUUGUGAAAGGCAGAGCCUGGGAGGAGAAGACCAUGAACCAUUAGAGUAGAGGGAGAAAGGCCAGGGACCCAAGAAGGAGAUGCUCUGGAGACCACCACCUGAGGGACAGCGUUUGUGUCAGCUGGAGCAUCCAGCAGGAGCUGGCAACAUCGUGCUUUCUGCUGCUGAUGGUCCCUUCACUAGGGACCUCUGCAGUACCCUUCCAAGCUCCAGUGAAGACCUCUGUCUUACCUUUUAGUUACCUAAGUUAAUUAACUGUUUAUUAGAUUGAUAAGUAAUUGAUAAUUCUCAAUUAAUUGUUAAUAAAUAAUUGUUAAUAAAUUGUUAAUUGUCA